CUCUUCUUAGCAUCUGUUGCAGGAAAGGAUGGCUGAGGAUUCCGCUAAAACGGAUGUCUCACUUCCUGUGGCCACGGACGUUAAGAAACCACGUCCUAAAAAAGCCCCAGAGCUUCCUAUACUAGAGAGGCGGAAUUGGCUCAUCCAUCUGCACUACAUCCGCAAAGACUAUGACACUUGCAAGGCUAUUAUCAAAGAGCAACUCCAGGAUACACAGGGAAUGUGUGAAUAUGCUAUAUAUGUCCAAGCUCUGAUUCUGCGUUUGGAAGGGAAGAUCCAGCAGUCUCUAGAGCUGUUCCAGAGCUGUUCCAUCCUCAAUCCCACCAGCUCAGACAAUCUCAAACAAGUGGCCCGCUCCCUUUUUCUCUUAGGGAAGCAUAAGGCAGCUAUAGAGGUUUAUAACGAAGCAGCACGUUUCAACCAGAAAGACUGGGAGAUCUGCCACAACCUUGGCGUUAGCUACAUCUACAUCAAGGACUUCAAGAAUGCUGAGGAGCAACUGAACAUGGCGCUGCAGCUAAACAAGCACGGCAUGACUUACAUGAUGCUGGGGAAGAUCUACCUGAUACAGGGAAACACAGAGAAAGCUGUUGAGAUCUACAAAAUUGCCGUGGACUUCUUUCCAGAGAAUACAGAGUUGCUGACCACACUUGGACUGUUGUAUAUGCAGCUUGGCAAAUAUCAGAAAGCCUUCGAACAUCUUGGAAAUGCACUGACAUAUGAUCCAAACAAUUACAAGGCCAUCCUGGCAGCGGGCAGCAUGAUGCAAACACAUGGGGAUUUUGAUGUGGCCAUGAAUAAAUAUCGCGUGGCAGCAUUCACUGUACCAGAAAGCCCUCCUCUCUGGACCAACAUCGGCAUGUGCUUCUUUGGCAAGAAGAAAUAUGUCGCUGCUAUAAGCUGUCUGAAAAGAGCAAAUUACCUCUCUCCAUUUGAUUGGAAGAUACUGUAUAAUCUGGGUUUGGUGCACCUCACCAUGCAGCAGUAUGCCUCUGCAUUCCACUUCCUGAGUGCUGCCAUUAACCUACAGCCACGCAUGGGAGAGCUCUACAUGCUCCUGGCAGUUGCACUCACCAAUCUGGAUGAUGCAGACAAUGCCCGCAGGUCCUAUGAGCAAGCUGUUCAGCUGGACGACUCCAACCCUCUGGUGAAUCUGAACUUUGCUGUGUUGCUGUAUAAUCAAGGAGACAAGAAAGAAGCACUGCAGCAAUACCAGGAGAUGGAGAGGAAAGUCAGUGUACUGAUGGAGAGCAACAGCAAUGCUGAGUUUGACCCAGAGCUCAUUGAGAUGGCCCAGAAAAUGGGGGCAGCCCUCCAAGCUGGUGACAGUUUAUUAUGGUCCAAGCCAUGCAAGGAGGCCAAGAAUAGCCAACGCUCUUGCAGCAAACCAACCUCCUCCCAGCAGCCCCUGGGCACCAAUAAAGCUCUUGGCCAGGCCAUGUCCUCCGCUGCUGGCUACAGCAAGAGCAUGCAACUAGCUGCAGUGCCAGAGAAAGGCAUGGAGUGUUCCACCUCUGCCCCCUCAGACACCCCAGGAGAGGCUGAAGAUGAAAAUAAGGUAGAAGAAUCAGCAGAGCAUACCCAAGCCAAAGAGAAGAACAGCAAACCUAGACCAGUGGCUGAAUAGAGUUGCUGAAGCUCCCAGAAAUCUCCCAUCUUCAAUUUCUGAGCAAAGUUUGCAAACAGAAUAGAAUAUUGUCUAUGAAUACAUGGUAUUUUUUUAUUUUAGUUGGAAUAUUGUUAGUAUAAAUAACUUUUCAAAGCUACUUACAAAUAGGUGUCUGUGCUUGGAAUCCAUCUUGUUUAUUAAUAGUCUGCCAUAUAUACCGAUGAGGAACAACAUUAAAACCACUGACAGAGGAAGUGAAUAACAUUAUCUCAUUACCAUGGCACCUGUCAACAUGUGGGACAUAUUUGGUAGCAAGUGAACAGUCAGUUCAUGAAAUUGUGUGUUGGAAGCAAGAAAAAUGGCCAAGUGACUUUGACAAGGAAACUGUUAUGGCUAGACAGCAGAGUCAGAUCAUCUACAAAAUGGCAUGUCUUGUAUGGUGUUCCAGUUAUGCAGUGGUCAGAACCCACCAAUAAUGUAAGAUAAGGCAAGACAACCAGUGAAAUGGCACCAGGGUCAUGGGCGCCCAAGUCUCAUUGAUGCCCAUGGGGAAUGAAGUCUAGUCCUUCUGGUCCAAUCCCACAGAAGAGGUGCUGUAGCUCAGCUUGCUGAAAAAGUUAAUGCUGGCAAUGACAGAAGUGUCAGGUGAUACUGAGUAGCCACAGACCAAUUGUGCUAACCCCUGACCACCGCUGAAAGCACCUGUGAUGGGUAUGUGAGCAUCAGAAUUGCACCACGGAGUAAUUGAAGAAGGUGACGUGGACUGAAGGAUCACAUUUUCUUUUACAUCAUGUAGACAGAUGACACCAGGAUGCACUAUGGUGAGAAAGAAGACCAGCGAAGGCAAUGUCAUGCUGGGUCCUGGCAUCCAUAUGGAUGUUUCUUUGAUACAUCCCACCUACCUAAACAUUGUUUCAAGUCAUCUUUUAAUGGUAAUUUAAUAGUAAUGGCCUAUUUCAACAGGAUAAUGCACCCUGCCACACUGCAAAAAUUGUUCAGGAAUGGAUUGAGGAUGACCCUGAGUUAACUUGGUCUCCAAAUUACCCAUAUCUCAAUCUGAUAUGUGGGAUGUGCUGGAAAAACAAGUCAGAUUCAUGGAGGUCCCACCUCAUGGUUUGUACAACUCAUGCUUUGCAUAUGCAUCUGUACAUAAUCCCUGACACUUGGUUCAAUCUCUCAAUAUAUUUCUUCCCUGCCAUCAUCUUGCAUCCUACUACUAGGUUCUGGAUUGUCUCAGAGGCUCCAUUGUGCAGUCUGAGUCUUGGGUCUUGUAUGGUGUGAUACAGCCUGGCUUCGAUUGAUGGUGCUUAUUCUGCCAUGACAGCUACUCUACUUCCAAGAUGACUAUGCCUCUCAUCAUUCUAAGGCGCUCCCUCAUUAGCUCAUCCUUGGGGGUCCUUGCUUGGAAUAACCAUACAUGGACAAGGUUCUUUUUUAAAUCUGUUUGCUUCAUUAAUGUUGAAAUAUCCACAAAAGAAAUCAGCAAAUCAAUGUCUAAUUGGGCACUGAUGAGACAGCACACUGCAACCAGGGUAGCACCCACAGGCUAGUUUAUACUACACUGGUCAGGAACUUUGCUGUGUUGUUUUAAGCACAAUAACAAUUGCAAAAUGUAUUACUAAAUAUGUUUUGAAGGGCCCGUUGGAUCCUCAAAUGUAAAGAUGCAUUACAUUAAUGUAGAACAGUUCACUUUUUCCAAUCCCUAUAUAUGAGACCUAAAAAUCUAGGUUUACGUGUUUGCAAAUUUCUAAAUUAAAGUACUGUUAACUAUUAA